AGCGCUCGAUCGGUGAGGGUCGUUCUAAAGUAGUGCAAAAUUUCUCAGAUGUGACAGCAGGAAGACGGUUGGAUUCUGGAGUAGAUCAGAAUCUUCUGAGAUAAAACUGUGUUAACGAGUGAUGGAAGCAAUUUUCAUAUCAAUCCGUUGUUUAGUCUUUCUUGAACUUGAACUUUUCGACUGUCCGUGUAUUUUGUGAAUACAUUAGAAUAAAUUUGAUUGCGGAACUUCAAUUGAAUGGGCACUUGCUAUUGUAGACAGUUGACGCACAUUUCCUAGAUAUUUUCAAUUCUGGUUUGUAGUUGGAACUGUUGAUGCCGCAAAUUGUUUGUUCUGUCACUACUCAUUUGACCUUUCAGUUGAUGCCGAAUAUUACAUUCAGUGAGAAAACCGCGAGAGAAGUAAUACCGUACCUCAUUGUAGAAUCCAAUCUAUUCUGUUUUAAUAUGAUUAAUACAUUUUAUUGCCUUACGGCUGUCGGAAUAGUUUAGAGUGCCCUCGACUGAAAAUUUCUGUGAUGAUUGCAGCAUUUCCUAUAUUCUAACUCAGUCGACGCGGCGUAUUUUAAGGCGUGCGCAUCGCUUCGACAACUUUGGAGCGUUUCCAUCAGACAAUCGAGUGUUUUAAAUUGUGCAGGCACGUAAAAGUCUUCGAGAGAUUAUACAUCCUAAACUGGCGAACGGCGUAGGUAUGAAAAUCUACCGAUUUGCCAUUUGAAGUGCAGUGCUAAUGAACAAGUAAACAAUACAAUCACUUGUGUCUGUGCCGGUACUAACAACUCGCUACAUCAACAUAAACAACCGUUCUUCGCUUUACCGCAAAACUCCUCGGCCCCGGUUCUGCUAAGGGAGGAAAACCGUUGCCGUGACAAUAGGGUUAUCGAGGGACGAAGAAAUCAAGCGGAAAAGCGUUGCGAACUUAUCGGCAACGAUGGGAAUUUCUUCUUUGGUGCUUGUGACUCUGAUGCUACAGUUCGCCUUUGUUCGAGGGCAGCAGGAAGUUAUUGUGGACAUAGCUGAACCUGGAAAAACUCAGUACCAUGAGGCGAAUUUCAACACAAGUGCCUAUCAGUUCGGCUACGAGGUUGGUCCCAACGGGCAGUUUCAUCACGAGACACGUGGUCCAGAUGGAGUCACGUACGGUUGUUACGGUUACAUCGACCCCAAUGGAAUGCUUCGUGUCACACAUUACGUAGCGGAUUCCCAUGGGUACCGGCUAGUUGAGCCGAAUCGACCAACAGAAAUAUUCACAGAUGCACCGACGCAGUACAGCAAUUCAAUUACUGACGAAGAUCCCAGACUACGGAAACGUGGUCAAAUGGUCGAGUGGAGAGAUCUUUAUUUACCCCGAGGGUGCGGAAUGUACCCGGGUGGUAUUCGACCGGACGGACCUCCGGUAACAACAGCACGUCCCACUCCCGCACCUACAAAACCCUCCGGCGGCACGGGUACACCUGGUGGAAGUGGAACUGGUAAUCCUCAAGGACAAGGACAAGGACAAGGACAAGGACAAGGACAAGGACAAGGACAAGGACAAGGACAAGGACAAGGACAAGGACAAGGACAAGGACAAGGACAAGGACAAGGACAAGGACAAGGACAAGGACAAGGACAAGGACAAGGACAAGGACAAGGACAAGGACAAGGACAAGGACAAGGACAAGGACAAGGACAAGGACAAGGACAAGGACAAGGACAAGGACAAGGACAAGGACAAGGACAAGGACAAGGACAAGGACAAGGACAAGGACAAGGACAAGGACAAGGACAAGGACAAGGACAAGGACAAGGACAAGGACAAGGACAAGGACAAGGACAAGGACAAGGACAAGGACAAGGACAAGGACAAGGACAAGGACAAGGACAAGGACAAGGACAAGGACAAGGACAAGGACAAGGACAAGGACAAGGACAAGGACAAGGACAAGGACAAGGACAAGGACAAGGACAAGGACAAGGACAAGGACAAGGACAAGGACAAGGACAAGGACAAGGACAAGGACAAGGACAAGGACAAGGACAAGGACAAGGACAAGGACAAGGACAAGGACAAGGACAAGGACAAGGACAAGGACAAGGACAAGGACAGGGACAAGGACAAGGACAAGGACAAGGACAUGGACAAGGACAAGGACAAGGACAAGGACAAGGACAAGGACAAGGACAAGGACAAGGACAAGGACAAGGACAAGGACAAGGACAAGAACAAGGACAAGGACAAUGGCAAGGCCAAGGACAGAGUCAGGGACCAGGACAGGGUCAAUGGCAGGGUCAAGGACAAGGUCAAUGGCAAGGACAGGGCCAACAUCAAGGACAAGGGCAAGGUCAAUUGCAAACACAAAAUCGUCCAGGUUCUAGUCAAGGGCAGAAUCAAUCAAGCUCUGGCCAAAGUCAACAACAAGGAGGAAACUGGCAAAAUCAAAAUCAAGGAGGUCAGAGUCAAGGACAAAUGUCAUCAUCAGGAUCUGGUCACCAGCAUCAAGGGCAAUACCAGGGAUCACAUCACGGGCCUAUUAGUUCAGGACAACAUCAAGGUCAACACCAAGGAAGCCACCAAGGAAUGUCUGGUCAACAUGGUGGCCAACAUCAAGGUUCUCAUCAAGGGCCUGUUAGCUCAGGUCAAUAUCAAGGUCAGCAUCAAGGUAGCCAUCAGGGUGUUGGGCAAGGAUCUCAGGGAACGCAGCAUCAAGGAUCUUAUCAAGGAGCAUCUGGUCAACAAGGUGGUCAGAAUCAAGGAUCUCACCAGGGACCGAUUAGUUCAGGUCAGCAUCAGGGUAAUCAUCAAGGGGCUCAACAAGGUCAACAUCAGGGACAACAUCAAGGGCAGCACCAGGGCCCGAUAAGUUCUGGUCAGCAUCAGGGAAGCUACCAAGGAAGUCAUCAAAAUGGUAGUGGCCAUCACCAAGCACAACAUCAAGGUUCGCAUCAAGGUCCCUUAGGAUCUAGUGAACAUAAUACACAGGUAGAAUGGAGCCAUCAAAAACCAGGGCAAGGACAGCAACCUGAUCAAUCUCAAGGUCAAGGUCAAGAUCAAGGUCAAGGUCAAGGUCAAGGUCAAGGGCAAGGUCAAGGUCAAGGUCAAGGUCAAGAUCAAGGUCAAGGUCAAGGUCAAGGUCAAGGUCAAGGUCAAGGUCAAGGUCAAGGUCAAGGUCAAGGUCAAGGUCAAGGUCAAGGUCAAGGUCAAGGUCAAGGUCAAGAUCAAGGUCAAGGUCAAGGUCAAGGUCAAGGUCAAGGUCAAGGUCAAGGUCAAGGUCAAGGUCAAGGUCAAGGGCAAGGGCAAGGACAGUGGCAAGGACAGGGACAAGGUCAGGGGCAAUCUCAAAGCCAAGGACAGGGACAAGGGCAGUGGCAAGGCCAAGGGCAAGGACAAAUACAGCAACCUGGGCAGGGGCAAGCUCAAGGUCAAUGGCAAGGACAAGGUCAACGGCCAGAUCAAGGACAAAAUCAAGGACAAGGUCAGCCACAAAGCCAACACCCGGGACAAGGACAGAGUCAAGGCCAAUGGCAAGGACAGAAUCAAGGUCAGGGGCCAAGCCAAGGGCAGGGGCAAUGGCAAGGUCAAAAUCAAAACCAAGGUCAAGGUCAGGGGCAAGGUCAAUGGCAAGGCCAACAACAGGGUCAAUCUCAAGGAACGACUGUGCGUCCAACAGGAGAACCGUCCACCGGAUAUCCAUACGAACCUACCGAAGGACCAAGGCCGGAAUACACUACUGCUUAUACGGAAUACCCAGCAACUGCUAGUGGAGUGCAACCUCCAAAUCGGCCAAUUGAUACCGGCUCACCUCCAUCUAGUGGUAACAAUAAUCAAUACCCAUCCAAUCCUAACUAUCAGGUGGCCAUAUCGCAGUAUCCCUAUUUUUUCGUUCCUUAUCCUUACCCUCCUCCAUCAAAUGUUCCGCAAAGGCCUUGUAACUGUCCUCAGGAUCAUAAUCGACCAAAUCAGCCUGCAGGCUAUCUCGGAUUCAUUCCGGUUAUCUAUGUGCCCAACUGCGGAACUGCGAGGAGCGAACUGCCAACACACAUCAAUUGGCCGGCUCCUCCGCCUCCUGAUGGUUAUGGGCGUGCUUUGGAAGACCUUCCCAUUCAACGAUUGGUACAGGCUGAUGAUGGAAGUUGGAACCUACAACAGCCUCCGAAGGCUCGUCAAAAUCGAACCCGACGUCUGCGAAGCCGACGACUUCCCCUGCAAAAAAUGGCCGGGGUUCCGUUUGUCAAGCGGCAGGCAAAACAGGAAACACAAAUUGAGGGAGUUUGAGGAGAGAAAAAUCGUACGGUUGUUAGAGGAGAAACUUCACGAGGAAAGACUGGACUUGGCCUAAUAUCUUGGAUGGUGCCAAUCAACGGGUGGACGUGAUAAGAAAAUACUCAUUUGAAUUUAAGUAUCGUGAUUUAGUUUGCAUUACUGACAGCAGUUGCUCAUUGUGAAUCAUUUGCUUUCUAUCUUUUUGUGUGCUAUUGCCUUUUGAUGAUUUAGGUCCUCAUGAAGAAGUAUCAUAAUAUUUGCGUAACUUUGAUCGAUAAUUAAACAAUCGCAUAAGCUAUAUUUAAAUUGCGAGACCAACGUUCCUCUCAGUUGUACUUAUUUAUUUCCACGUAGAGCUCUAAUAAAUAUGCUUGAAUUAAGGUAA